AUGGAAAAAUUGAAGAAAACAAGGAUGAUCAAGCGUCAAUGGAAUCCUAAAGAGGAAGAACUAUUGCAUAAGCUAGUGAAGGAACUUGGAGCAGAGAACUUGUCUCUUAUUGUCCAAUUGAUGUCGAGUCAAUAUGAAAAAUCAUGUAGGUUUCAUCGGCUUAAGCAGUUAAAUCCUCAAGUGGAUCAUCAACCUUUUACUUUUGAAGAAGAUAAUACUAUUAUCAGAGCUCACGCCAAAUUAGGUAAUCGAUGGGCUAAGAUAGCUCGUUUGUUACCAGGUCGAACAGAUAAUGCGAUAAAAAAUCAUUGGAAUUCCUCCCUUAAACGGAAGCACCAUUCGAUGUUAGAAGAUUUGACAUUGGAAAGUCCUCAACCUCCAUUGAAGAAAUCAUUGAGUAUCGGGGAGGGCCAAAAUCUAGGUAUUCCAUAUAGAUCUGAAUUAAGCAAUUUUGGUUUUGAUAGAUCUACCAAGUAUUUGAAUCCAGUGAGUCGAAUCGAGCAAAUAGGUGAACCAACAACUAUAUCAGCAUCUAAGCCCACUUAA